AUGACUGAUCACUAUCCAGUUCCAGAAUUCAACCUCUCAUCAGAGAAGGCUCGCGAGUACGAGGAAAAGUACGCCGCACACAACUACCACCCACUUCCAGUUGUGUUUGCUAAAGCUAAAGGUGCACAUGUUUGGGAUCCAGAGGGAAGAGAGUACCUCGAUUUCCUUUCAGCAUACUCUGCUGUUAACCAGGGACAUUGCCAUCCAAGAAUCAUCAAGGCAUUGUGUGAGCAAGCUCAGAAGUUGACUCUUUCUUCAAGAGCCUUCUCUUGCGAUAUUUUCGGAACAUGGGCCAAGUACAUCACCGAGUACUUCAACUACGAAUGUGUCUUGCCAAUGAACACUGGUGCCGAAGCCGUUGAGACUGCCAUGAAGAUUGCCAGACGUUGGGGAUACGUGAAGAAGGGCAUCAAGGCUGAUGAAGGUAUCAUUCUUUCAUGCGCCAACAACUUCCACGGAAGAACUAUUGCCGUUAUUUCGAUGUCUACUGACCCAGAGGCCAGAACAGACUUUGGACCAUUCACAAAAAACAUUGGACCAGUCAUUCCAGGUACCGAUGGUAAGAAGGUGAUCAGAUACGGCGUGAUCGAAGAUGUUGAGUUGGCUUUCAAGAAUGCCGGUGACAAGAUUGCUGCUAUUUUGAUAGAGCCAAUUCAGGGUGAGGCUGGUAUUGUUGUUCCACCUGCCGACUACUUCAAGAAGGUUAGAGACCUUUGCAGAAAGUACAACGUUCUUCUCAUCGCCGAUGAGAUCCAGACCGGUAUUGCCAGAACCGGUAAGAUGCUUUGCUACCAGCACUACCUUUCUGAGGAGGAUAAGCCGGAUCUUGUUCUUCUGGGUAAAGCCAUCUCUGGUGGUGUUAUUCCAGUUUCCUGUGUUCUUUCAUCCAGAGAGAUCAUGUCUGUGUUAGAGCCAGGUUCGCACGGUUCCACCUAUGGUGGUAAUGCCUUGGCUUGCAGAGUCUCCAUUGAGGCUUUGGAAGUUGUUAAGGAUGAAAAGUUGGUCGAGAGGGCCAAGGAGUUGGGAGAAUUCUUCCAGGCCGAGCUUAGAAAGCUUGCUGCUGAGUCAGAUGGAAUCAUCAAGGAAGUCAGAGGUAAGGGCCUUUUGACUGCCAUUGUGAUUGACCACACCAGAUUGGAGGGUAAGACUGCUUGGGAUUUGUGCUUGAAGAUGAAGGAGCACGGUGUUUUGGCUAAGCCAACUCACGUCCACAUCAUCAGAUUGGCACCACCUCUUAUUAUUUCCAAGGAGGACUUGCUCAAGGGAAUAGACUCUAUCAGAUCUGCCCUUAAGGAGAUGCCAAUUGACCCAAGAAAGUAA